GGGACUUUCAAUAGAUUGACGAGAUAUACACGUAUGCCUGUAUCAAUUCCGCAAAGAUAAUGGAUUCUCUAACCGAGUAAAUUCUUCAUUUCGCACGCUCACUUUAUAGUGCAUGUUCUUUAGAAUUUGUUUAAGAGAUUAAAAAUCCACUAACAAUUCGAGCAAGUAAAACGCUUAGUUCCCAUAUAUUUAAAAAUAUCUCGAUAAUCUGCGGACUAACGUUAAAGUUAUUGUGCUAUUGUUUUAUUAAAUUACUAGAAAAUGUGUGACGGUGAUUUCGACUGACGGUUUCAGAAGAACAAUAGCCUGGGGAUUAAUGACAAUGGAAUUCACCUUGAAAUACCCAAUCUACAGAAGAGGAACAGUAGUGUACUGUAGUGGUCCUAAUGAUUAUACCUGCAGGAUUUGCCCAGAGGAACAAAAAACUUCACUCGAAGUUCACUUGCAGGAUGAGUGUCACAUCCAGAGGCUCAAGCAUUACACCCAGUAUUUCACGGAUACAGGACCCCUUGUUCUCUGUAAAUUAUGUCUCAGGAGAAUGGAUUGUAGUCGAGUGAUUGAGCAUGCGUUGAGUCACAAGUUAAUCCCCUGGUACGUCUCGGAGAAGAGUCCGGAAAUUCUCUUCAAAAAUUUUAUUUCCCAAAGAGAGCAUGAAUACUUCUGUCAUUUGUGCAAGGUUAAGUUAUCUUCUUGGUUCCUGGUAGAGAGUCACAACGAAGAUAGACAUCACCAGACCCUGAGGAAAGAUAAAAUCGAUAAGAUCAUCGUUCCAGAGUCAUCAUACACCGCAUCCUAUUAUCAACUGGCUGCCAAGAACUCAAUUUUCAUGAAGUCAGCUGAAUCCUUGUUUUGUUAUUUAUGUGACUGCGAAGUGACAAAUUCGUAUGAAAAUAUUCUCGUCCACGUCGAGGAAAAAUUUCACAUGGAGAAGCAGAAGGAGACCAUUGAAGUUUUCAAGUCAGCAAUCAUUCAUUUGUUUCGAACACGUCCCAUUCACCAAGAAAUUCCUGAUAACUCCUCCAUUGAAGUCACGUCAGAGUACAAACAUAAUUCCAACAAUAGAUUUACGUCUAUCUUAUCGAUUUGCACAGAAUGUAAUUGUGAAAUUUUCAAUGAGGAUAUGGAUGCACAUGUAUUAAUUCACAAACAAGAGCAACAGCUAACCGGUGGGUAUACCAAUACCAAUAAUAUUAGAUAUUCACAACGCGAGAAGUCUUCGAGUGUUGAACGUCAUAAAAUCGUGACUAAAGCCACUGAAAACGUGCCAUUCGCAGAUAGUAAUAAUGAACUCAUAGUGUUAGAUAAGGAAUCAGUUGAUCCAGAUUUGUUGAUAUCCACAUGGAAUAAUAACAAAGAUUUGAUAAACAUGAAUAAUCCAUCAGCUGAAAAAAUGACUACUCCGGCUAGUGAUAAUUUUUUAAGCAGCAGUUCCACGCCAAGUUCACAAUCAAAAUCUAGUUCAGUAACAAACAAUCAAUCUUCACACCCAAUGGAUAACAUUAUGAGUCUAGAAUUACCCGAAUGGAUUGCAAGUACUGGAGAAGGAACUUUCUUCGAGUGUAAAAUUUGUCAAUUAAAAAUAAAUGGAUAUAAGAACACAUUCGAACAUGCGAAAGGUACAAGACACUUGGGAACAUUACGGAGGCAAUUUACGGUGGAGCCAGUGGAGACUUUGCAACAAGAUCUCUCAAGUGGGAACAGUAAAUCGUCUGGAAAAAAUCAUGUUAAGUUCAUCAAUGAUUUUUGUAAGAACAGUGAACCACAAAAACUGCCAGAAGGUAUUGUAACCAGUGGGAGUCAACAUUUUUUCAAGUGUAAUAUUUGUCAUCUGCAAAUAAUAGGUCAUAAAAACACUUUUGGACACGUGAAGGGCCGAAACCACUUGAAAAAUCUAAAAGAGAGAAAAAUGUUCUCGGUAGUGAACGAAAAAAGGGAGGACAUUCGCAUUGAAGCCGAAAUGGAGAAGGAAAAAUUGAAUUCAGAUGGGACAGACUCGGACUUGGAUAUUUAUCACUCCCUGACGACUUCCCCCACGUCUUUCCCGAAAUUCCAACUAGUCGAGAAAAUUCCAAGCACGAAUAACAACCUUCCACUAAUCACGAAAUCGAAUAAAUACGGAGAAAACACAAUUAAGAAAAUUUUAAACCAAAAUCAAUCAUCAGGACGUGAAUUAUUAGACAAAACUGCAACAACUCAUUCGUUAAUGAAUGAAUUAAUGAGUGUCCACCCGGAGGAUCGAGUUGCUGUAACCUCUUCAGGUCCUACGAAAUCUGAAAACGACAGCAAGAUCCUCCCCCAGAAAAUCAACAAUAUUCCCUGCCUAAUCUGCAACUGCUUGAUACCUGGUGAUGAUUCACACGUCAAUAUUCACAAAAGUAGCAAGAAACAUCUGGAGAACGAGGCGAAAGUGAAAGCCAAAGCCACGAAACUGGAGGGACAAAAAGCAAAAGCUCCUGAGGAAUUUCAGUCUGAAUUUUCUCUUACUGGAAUUCCACUGGAGAAUAUACGUGAGCUGCACUAUCUAGGGGAUAUAAUUGAUAGCAUUGAGUGCAAAGUUUGUUACUUGAAAAUUCGUGGGACUCUUCAUACUUCGGCGGUACUCGAGUACUCAAAUCACACGAAUACUGCAGCACAUAAGACUAAAGAAGUUGCAUUCAUCGAUAAUUGGAAGAAAUCCGGGGUGACUUCAUACGCUAAUAAAGUCAAACAGCCAAAGAGGAAACAAUCGAAGAAAAAAAUAUCAAGAGUUCGGACACAUCUACAGAAAAAUCUCCAGUGUUCCACCUGUCAUGAGGAAUUCGAGUUUUCGGAAAAACAUCACAGCCACAUGACUCAACACUUGUGGCAACGAUUCCUGGAGGUUGACACAGCAACACAGUCUCCAGAGGGUGCAAUUAAUGGCAUAAAUGAAGAUUCAAGUGAAACUUUGAGGAGAGACGCGACUGAAUCACUUGUAGAGACGGAGGAUCUCGAGUUUGUGGAUGAACGAUGGAGGGAGUCACUUCAGACAGUAGUCGAAUCGCCUAGUGAGUUCAGCACGAAACCCCUGGACAUUGCAAUCGCCGGCGGCGUGAACAUCUAUGAAAUGGAUAGACAUAAAAUAGAAGACAUUAAUCUUGGGGUUCUACUGUCCAUUAGCAUCGACAAGGACAGGAUCUACUGCCUGGUGUGUCAAAAGAGCCUUAACAAUUUAUUGCAAAUCUUCUACGAGCACUUGUGCUCAGUUACUCAUUUGGAUAGACUCCAGGAGAUGAUUGAGGAUCACAGGAAAUUCAGAGAUUAUCCAGAUCAAUUGAGCGAUUUAGCUCUUGCUGGUGAAUACAUGGAAGAGAUCUCAGGAGAUAUUGUCCGGUGUCAUGCCUGUGGAAUUUCUGUCGGGAAUGACUCCGUUGAGCUCCAUCAUCAUAUCAAUGAUCCAACCCACAUUGAGAAAUAUUCAUCACUCGAAGCCAUCGCCAAGGACUGGUUCAAAGCUCUCUACUCCAGGAUGGAGGCUAAUUUCUACAACACUCUGAUCUACUGGUGCGUGCCCUGCGAAAAAAUGUACAGCGUCGAGAGUGAAUUUCAAGUGCACUUGAAACGGAAGGAACAUAAGAGUAAAAUUGAAAUUUUCAAGAACGCUAUUACGAUUUUUGAUUAUUGUGCGCCCUGUGGAACUCUCUGGUACGGUUUCUUGCACACAUUUCACUACCACUCGAUUUGUAAAAUACAUAAAUAUCAGAUAAUGAGUAAUGGUAAUUACGUGGUGGACAAAAUGCCAUAUUUAGCGGAGAGGCUCUUGCGUGCGCCCGAGAGGAAUAUCGAGGAGAUUUUAAUAAAAGUAGAGACUCGUAGGAUCGAUGACAGCAAGAGUGAGAAUGGAUUGAUCAGGGAUCUGGAGAGGAUAUCCAAGGAGAAAUAUCCAAGAGUGAAGGCUUAUCCCUUCGGCUCCAGAAUUUCUGGACUGGCUGGACGCAAUAGCAAUUUCGACAUCUUCCUUGACUGCAGCAGUAUAAAAUACCAAGUGUACCCUGGAUAUAACUCCAGUCUCAAAGAGAUAUCAGUUCGUUUGAUGAACAUUAAAAAAUGUCUUGAGAAAGACGUUGUGAAAUGGCACAUUGAUCGAAUUAUAUCAAACUGCAGAGUACCCAUUAUAAAAGUGACUCACAAGCCGACUGGAAUCGAAUGUGAUAUCUCCUUUUCCAAUGGUCUAACUGUAGAGAAGACGAAGAUGAUUAACGCUUACUGUAAUAAUUAUCCUGAAUGUCGUAAGCUGAUUAUCUUCUUGAAGAAUUGGAUAGGACACUGUGAUCUCACUGGACAUGAUGGAAUCAGCAGUUAUGGAAUCGCCUGGUUGGUGAUCUAUUUCCUCCAGGUGAAGAUGAUACUUCCAACGGUAUCUGAAUUGAUAGAGAGGAAAAAAAAAUCAAAGAUCAUCGCCGGCUGGGAGACUGGAGUCACCACUAAUUUCCAGCCUCGUACUCAUGAUGAAGACUUUAGGGCACUCCUCAUGCAGUUUUUCAAAUUUUAUGAAGCAUUUGAUUAUCGAAAUUACGUUAUUUGUCCGUUAGUGGGAAAAGCUGUUGAGAAGAAAGACUUUCAGACACCCACGCUAUUACCACCCGACAUGAAACUUUAUCGGAAUUAUGUCAGUAAAGUGAGGGAUUGUGAACCAUUCAGAAUUGACUCUAUCAUGUGCCUGCAGGAUCCAUUCGAUCUAGCUCAUAAUAUAUCCAAAGACGUUCGAAAGUUCAUCGUCCACAGGUUCAAGACAUUUUGUUCUCUCAGUGCACCAAUUCUUGAUAAUGAUUGCUAAACUUCAAAUAGCAGCAAUGAGGAGAAAUUUAGAUUUUUUAAAAUUAAUUUUCAUGAUUAUUUCCAUUUUACUCAUUACUCGAGACGUUCCGUAAACAUUGUUAAUUUGUAGAAGCUAUCAUGCAACUGGAGAUUUAGUUGAUUUCACUCAAUUCCUGAAAAUACAAUCGACUGCAGGCAGUUAUUAACCAUUUUCACAUUCAUAAACCAAUCAAAUGUCAUUAUUGAUGACGUACAAAUUAUUCAAUCAAACAUCGAAGUGGAAAUUUUGAAAAUUUUUGUUUAACUCCAUUUUUUAAUCUCAUUUCCACGUAAACCCAUUUUUUUUCAUUACGAAGAAUUAAUUAUAAAUAAUCUAUUCAUAGAAAUAUAAAAUCCUUAUAUCAAACCAUCGACCAUCAAAAAAAAAAUUUUUUUUUGUUAUAUUAUAUUUUAAUUAUUGAUCGUUAUAUCGUCAAUGGGAAGAAACAGUUGCAGAAAAACUCACUGUAAAUUCUCAUGAUUUAUUGCAAAAUAUGUAUAUUAUGAAUAGAAAACACAUGUAACAUUCGAAGAUAUUUUAUAAGACAAUCUGAAGAAACAAAAUUCAUAAUUUUCAUUAAACCUGUUCCUCGCACCUGUAAUAAGUUGCCAGGUACUACUACAGAAGACUGAUCGACUACUAUCAAAGAGUUGGGUUCUCAUUUAAGUAUCGCAACGAAAAAUUCCUCUGACUCGAACGUGAAUGAUAAUUAUUCUAGUAAAUUAGGGAAUUUUCUAAGGUCUAAUUAUUUUUCCUGUGGCUAAUUAAUGAUGAAUUCCGUAACAAACCCAAUAACUCUGCGGAAGGCACCACUGACUAUCGAAAAUUAUGAUUCUAGGCUCAUUAUUAUCUAUUAAUUUCGCUCUCCAUUUAAAAAUCACAUGUGGCUACACAAUAAAAAUAUUUAUCCACCGAUAAAUAAUCAGAGCCAACGACAAAGUACGAAAUAAAAUGCGACUAGAUGACACAAGGAAGCUGAGACAAAAUCCUCAAAAAUCAUUAAGAGAACCAAUUAAAAUAAUUUUUUAUAUAAAAUUCAUAGAAACACGCUCUAGAAGACGAGAAAUGCAUUGAAAAUAACUAAAUAUUCCCCACGAAGAAAUUCGUGAAAACAAAAAACUUCAU